AUGCCAAAGUACUGCUGUGUGUUUGGUUGCAACUCAGACUCAGAAAUUAAUCCCGACUUGUCGUUUCACGAAUUUCCAAGUGACAAGAAGCUUUCGAAAGCUUGGGAGAUCAGAAUUCGUCGUGCCGGGUUCGUUCCGAAAAAGUCGUCAUUCGUGUGUGGCAAACAUUUCGAAAGAACUGAUUAUUCUCAGCCAAGGUCUGAUACACCAGCCCAAUUCCGAAGGCUUAGAUUAAAGAGAACUGCGAUCCCAAGCUUGAAUUUAAGGGGAAAUGAGGGUGAUGAACGAGAACCAAAGCGCCAAUCUAGAGCUGCUCAGAAAGCGAGAGGUGAACAUGAAGCCACCGUGGUUACAGGAGAUAUGGCCGGUGAGGGAGAAACAUCCACAGACUUGGCUGAAUAUAGUAGCAUGAGCAGCAGUGUUGAUGUAACGAUGCAAUCAUCCACUGAAGAAUCCGUUUGCAAUCUGGAUCAGAACCUUGCCGGAGUAAAGGGUGAUUUAAAAGAAGCCAUGGCAGAAAUUAAGGAACUCCAGGGCAAAGUUUUUUGUUAUAAAAAUUUGAAUAAUAAAGAUAUACAGAAUUACACAACAUUAACUAAGGUUGCUUUUGAAGAAUUGAGUCAACUUUUGGCUCAUUUCAAACCUUUGAACUAUUGGUAUGGAUUUGAAGUCAAAUCUUUAAGUCACUCUGAUCAACUUCUGGUUUGCCUGAUGAAGCUCAAGCUUGAUGUCCCACUCUUUGAUUUGGCUAAAAGAUUUGGAGUUAGCAGAACAACCAUAACCAAUAUAUUCUAUACAUAUAUUCAUUUACUACACGAGAUUAUCUUUGUAAAAUUGAUGCAAAAUGUUCCAUCCCUUGCCAAGAAUCAGUCAAGUAUGCCUGAUUCUUUUGGUGACUUUUCAAACUGCCGCAUCAUUUUAGACUGUACAGAGUUCCGUUUGUCAGCCCCAAGGAAGGACCUGGAAGCAGCAAAUCUUGUAUACAGUAACUACAAGCAUAACUUGACAGCAAAAUAUCUCAUUGGUGUUGCUCCUAACGGGGCAAUAACCUUUGUGAGUGAGGGAUAUCCCGGAAGCACCAGUGAUAAAGUUGUCACCCAAGAAUCUAAUAUUUUAAGCCAUUUAAAGGCUGGAGAUCUUAUACUGGCAGACAAGGGUUUUCUUCUCCAUGAUAUACUGCCACAAGGAGUAUCUCUCAAUUUGCCUGCUUUUUUAAGUGGCAAAGAAAGAUUCACCAAGGCUGAAGCCAUACUUUCAAGAAAAAUUUCAAGAUCAAGAAUCCAUGUGGAGAGGGCAAUUGAGCGUCUUCGAAAUUUUAAAAUAUUGCAGGCUUUGGAGACCAAUCAAAGACAACUUGCUAAUAAAAUUGUUCAAGUUUGUGCAGCCCUUGUUAAUCUGCAGUCACCAGUUAUAAGUGGAAUAUUUAAGUAG